AUGAAGGGCCGAGUGUCGGCGAUCACGGGCGGCGGCAGCGGCAUUGGCUGGGCGACGGCCGAGGCGAUUGCCGAGGCGGGCGGCGACGUGGCCAUUAUCGGGCGCAGGAACCAGGACGCCAAGGCCGAGGAGCUCUCGAAGCGCUUCGGCAUCAAGUGCAAGGCGUACCAGUGCGACGCGACCGACGCCGACGCCAUCGAGAAGACGAUCGACGCCGUCGGCAACGACUUUGGGCGCCUCGACUGCUUCGUCGCCAACGCCGGCGGCGGCGUCCCCGGCAGCAUCGACGAGAACUACGAGCUCGACUCGUGGAAGCAGACGAUGGACGUCAACCUCAACUCGACGUUCUGGUGCGCGCGCGCGUGCGCAAAGUGGUUCAAGAAGGCGGCCGAGUCGGGCGUUAAGGCGUCCUUUAUCGCGACGACGUCCAUCUCGGCUCGGAUCGUCAACGUGCCGUACGACCAGCCGGCGUACAACAGCUCCAAGGCGGGCGUCGUCCACUUCUGCCGCUCGAUCGCGCGCGACUGGCGCAACUUUGCCCGCGUCAACUGCAUCUCGCCCGGCUUCUUCGACACGGCCAUGGGCCCGUCCGACGCCGAGGUCGAGAAGGUCGUCGAGCGCCUGAGCGUGUUCGGUCGCCCUGGCAACGUCAAGGAGCUCAAGGCGGCGUACCUCUACCUGGCCUCCAACGCGAGCAGCUACACCACCGGGUCCGACAUCCUCGUCGACGGCGGCUACUGCCUCACGUAGACCUCGUCCUCUCGCUCUCCCUCUUGCAGUAGUUCCCGCGCAUUGUACUCGAUUCUCAAGG